AGGCAGCCUCAAUCCCAGGUCAGACAGACAGACAGACAGACAGAACGGAAUGAAUUGCUGGGAGCUCCUGCUGGCGGCCUGGAGCACUUGCUUCUUCAGUGUGCCCAGUGAUGGCUUACAACGGAUUGUUCUCAAGAAAAUGACCUCUAUCCAGGAAAACAUGAAGAUCAGGGGCAAGGAUUUGGAGAAUUUCAACAUGGAUUGGAAUUCAUAUGUCAAGCAGCUGUCUGAGCUUAAUGAAACAGCCACUGUUGUGGUCACCAAUUUUGAAGAUACCCAGUAUUAUGGUGAAGUCAAUAUCGGCAGCCCACCCCAAACCUUCCGAGUCGUUUUUGAUACGGGCUCUGCUGACUUUUGGGUGCCCUCCAGCAGAUGUGAUCCACUCUAUACAGCAUGUCGUAAGAUCCUAGCACUGGAGUACCAAGUGAUUCACAAUCAAUAUGACUUCUCCAAAUCCUCCACUUACAAAGACAAUGGGACCAAAUUCAGCAUCCACUAUGCAUCGGGCAGAGUCAAGGGCUUCCUGAGCCAGGAUACAGUGACUAUUGGUGGGAUCAGCAUGACCCAGGUGUUUGGUGAGGUCACAGUGCUGCCCCUGAUGCCCUUUGGACUGGCCAGGUUCGAUGGCAUCCUGGGCCUGGGCUACCCUGCCCGAUCAAUGAGCGGAAUACUUCCUGUCUUUGACAACAUGAUCUCCCAAGGAGUGCUGAAAGAAGAAGUCUUCUCUGUCUACUAUAGCAGGAAUUCCAUGAACUCACAUCUGCCAAGUGGAGAGAUUGUCCUAGGAGGCACCGACCCCGACUAUUACCGAGGGACCUUCCACUACGUCAACACCAGCCGACCAGGCUUCUGGCAUAUCCAGAUGAAGGGGGUGGCUAUCAAGUCCAAUGUGCUGCUCUGCCAGGAUAGUUGCACAGCAUCUGUGGACACUGGAGCUUCCUUCAUCACAGGUCCAACCAGCUCCAUGCGUAAACUAAUGAAGACGCUGGGCGUUAAGGAAGAGGGGGACCAGUAUCUUAUAGAAUGUGACCUGGCGCCCACGCUGCCUGAUAUCUCCUUCUACUUUGAUGGCAAGGCCUUCACCCUCAACAGUUCUGACUAUGUCUUACAGGAUAUGAAGAGCCUUGAUAAUCUCUGCUUGCUAACCUUCGAUAACCUGGAUAUCCCACCGCCGACAGGACCUCUAUGGAUUCUGGGAGCAACCUUCAUCCGAAAGUUCUACACCAAAUUUGACCGGCACAACAAUCGCAUCGGUUUUGCCUUGGCAGUCUAA